GAUUUUCAAUCAAAAUUAAGUUGAUCGCUUAGUUUUUGAUAAAAUAUACUAAAUUACUGUUUCAUUCGGUGUUCAGUUUGAACUUUUAUCAACAAUGUCUACCAAAGUGGCCAGCAAAAAGUUUAAGUGGCAGCUGGACUUUAACACUAGAUCCCGCGGCAGUGCUGACUUUGCAUCUCCACCGGGAUUUAAUCCCUCGGCUGGUCAGGUUCACAGUGAGGUGGCUCGAGACAACGACCAAAGCCAUUUGAUCCUGAAAAAGUCAUGGGACAUUGCGCUGGGCCCGAUCAAACAGUUCCCCAUGAACCUGCUGAUUAUGUACAUGUCCGGAAGUUCCAUCAGUAUCUUUCCUAUCAUGAUGGUGGUGAUGAUGUUCAUAAGACCGAUUAAGGCGAUGCUGUCGACUGGAGCAACAUUCAAGGUAAUUGAAGGAGUUCAAGCGACCGGCCAGAAGUUUGUCUACUUUUUGGGAAAUCUGGUUAACAUUGGCUUGGCUUUGUACAAGUGUCAUAGCAUGGGAUUGCUGCCGACGCAUGCCUCGGAUUGGUUGGCCUUUGCGGAUCCGCAAGCUCGGCUGGAGUACUCCGGAGGUGGUAUGUCACUACUGUAAAUGUUCAUUUAACUUCUUUUUU